CUUGAGGCACUAUGCUUUCUUGGCCUAUGAGCUAAAAGCAGGCAUAAGGAAACAUGAAGAAAACCACAAAUAUUGGGAAAAAAUAUAAUAAAUCCCAUAAGCUUGUUGAACUCUGUCAGCCAUCUGCAUCAGAUACAGACCAUGGUGAUGGCACUGUUGAGGAUUUGAAGCUGGGUGAUGUCAGCCUGCUUACAGAAGAUAGCAUGCAGCAAGAUGACCCAGAAGUGGCUGGAGAGGUGCCUCAGCCGACUACAUGUGUCGUGAUGGACCUGCCACUGGAACGAAGGACCAAGGAGAAGAAGGCGGCGCGCACGUCCCACUCCUGUGAUUUUGCAGGCUGUGACAAGAAGUUCCUAUCGUACCAUUCGCUGAAGUCUCACGCGAUGGUACACUCGGGCGAGCGUCCGCACGCCUGCCAGUGGGCCGACUGCGGCCGCACCUUCACCAGCUUCUACAGCAUGUCGGCCCACUGCCGCACGCACACGGGACAGCGGCCCUACGGCUGCACGGUGGCGGGCUGCACCAAGGCCUUCAAGACGUCGAGUGACCUGCGCCGGCAUGCGCGCAUUCACACAGGCGACAAGCCGUACGCCUGCAGCUUCCGCGGCUGCUUCAAGAGGUUCUCAACGCUGGACAUCAGGAAGGUCCACGUCAGGACGCACACGGGUGAGAGACCUUACGUGUGUGAAUUUGACAACUGCUCGAAGGCGUUCUCGUCCCAGACGAACUACAAGAACCACAUGAGAACGCACACUGGGGAGAAGCCAUUUGUCUGCAAGCAUCCGGAUUGUGACAAGAGCUUUACGGAGUACUCCACCAUGUACAAGCACCAGAUGGUGCACCUACAGAGCUUCAUCGUGUGCGACGUGUGCAGCAAGAACUUCCGCAACAUGAGCACGUUCCAGUCGCACCGGGAGCGCGAGCACAGCUGGCUCGCUCCGCACCCGGCUUCUCAGGAGCAAAAGGAGGGCGCCGAGGCGGCGGCCGCCCCGGCCAGCCCGCAGCGCAUCCAGCUGCUGCUCACCGAGCUGGACGUGCGCACGGUCGAGAUCAACGGCGAGACGGCCCAGGUGCUGGUGCUGCCCUCCGACGGCGACCGGCCGCAGGAGUCGGGCGAGACUGCCGACCUGCACUUGCUGGGCUGCGCCGAGGCGCUGGUGGUGGGAGGCCGACGAGUCGCCCGGCUCGGGCGACGCCCCCUCGCCGGCGCUCAUCCGCCGAUGACCCGGACCCGCUCUCGGUGGUGGUGGAGGAGCAGGCAUGAGCCGCCCCGCCGGCGGAGGAGGCAGGACUGGAGUGGCGCGGGUCGCGGCGCUGAGCACGCAAUCCGCCUCGGUCGUGGUGUAGGAGGGCGUGUGACCCGGGGCGGCCCUCGUGCCGGGCGGGAGGCGCGGGCGCUGCUGUAA